AUGUCUUCGACGGGAAAGUCUUUCAAGAUACUAAUUGCCAGCGGAGGCGUCGCUGGCCUUGCUCUAGCUAACAUGCUGGAAAGAUUCCAGAUCGACUACCUUUUCCUAGAAGCACAUAGCAAUAUCGUCCCAACGAUAGGCGUGGGUAUUGCAAUAUUCCCUCAUGGAGCUCGAAUUCUUGACCAGCUUGAUCUAUAUGAACCUAUCGCCGAGUUGGUGGAUAACAGCGGUCGGGGGGACCACAUUCAUAAUGAGGAUGGUGAUUGCUUGCUGAAUGUACCAGAAUUUGAGGAUUAUAAUAAGCAUCGACAUGGAUAUCCGGUCUCAUUCAUCGAUCGUCAAUCGCUCCUUCGUAUACUUUACGAUCGUUUACGAAACAAGAAUUGCGUUCUACUGAACAAAAAGAGUGUUUGCGGAACCCUACUCAUAGGGGCCGACGGAGUACAUAGUGUUGUGAGACGAGAAAUGUACCGCAUCGCCAACGAGAAGGUGCCCCAAUACUUUGCAGCGGACGAGCACAAACAUGCGUCAUGCCACUAUCUCUGUGUAUUCGGCGUUUCUCAAGAUGUGCCUUGCUGGGUACAGGGUGAAACAUAUAGUGUCUUCGGAAAAGGAUACUCUCAAUUAGUGGUUUCUGGGCCUGACAAGAGCAAGAUCUACUGGUUCUUCUUCGCUAGAUUGCCGGAGACGAGAUACGGCAAAGAUAUACCGCGACGAUACAACAGAGAAAUGGAGACACAGAUCAUCAAGAAAUACGAACACCGUCCAGUCACCAAGACAGUUACAUUCGGUCAGCUUUAUGCUAAGCGCUCAGUUUCUACGCUAACACCUUUACAUGAAUACACGCAUGAGGAAUGGUUCUUCAAUAGAAUUUCUAUAAUGGGAGACUCGGCCCAUAAGCCAAACCCUAUCUCAGGUCAAGGUGGUAAUGCGGCCAUUGAAUCGGCAGCAGAAUUUGUCAAUGCACUUUUAGAGAGACGGAAUAGCCGUGCUCAAGGACUCGAUAGAUUGACUGAUAAAGAUAUUAAGAAUAUCUUCAUGAAAUCGCAAAUUAGAAGACUCGAACGUGCAAAAGAUCUAGUCUCUGCUGCUCAUAUACAGCAGGCCUUGACAGCAUUCGAGAAACCUCUCGUCUCGAAAAUACUCUGGGAAUAUACUCUACUCCUCGGGGGAGACAGUGGCUACCUAGAUCUAUUUGGUGAAAAGAUUGCCAGUGAUCCAAGGUUGAAACACCUCUCUAUCAAGGAGCGGCCACGAGUGAUACCAUACGACGAUGAGUUACCUUCUCGGCCAAGGACAUCAAAUAAAUUACACCUGGGGCGGACUUUCCUCAUUCUGGGAUUGCUCUAUAUUCUUCUUAAGGACCAUAACUUCCUGUACUAUUCUUGUUCCUGGGUUGACACUCGAAAGGGAGCCAUGACUACCUUUAGUGCUGCAAGGGACACCUCAGCACUCCUCAGAGACCCUUUCUCAUCGAAAAAACAAAUUGCGUACAACAUUUAUGGGCUGUCACGACUCAUAUCACCGAUAUUAAUAUGUAUCGUUGAAGGAUAUCGAUUAGGAAACCGAGCAUCCAUUCUUGCCUUGCCAAGUCUGUUCCUAUUAGCAAUCUCAUUCAAAGGGAUAGUGUUUGUAUCUCUGCUCUACUCCGUCAUGAAUGCCUUCUUAUCCACCAGCUCGCCAGCGGGGAGAUUCGUGAAGCCAGAGGUAGCUCGUGUCUUGGGCGAACUGGGCAACCAAGAGGUGGAACUCCAAAAGAUCAAGAACAGUCAGGUUGUGAGAACUGUAAUAACCAAGACAAUUCUGAAUGAUACAAAGGCCGAGAUGUGCCAAUUUUGA